GGAGGCAAAACAGCCCUCCGGGCGUUGGAGCCGCUGGUAGAAAAGUUUCAGCAAGUUGGUAGGUUUACCGAGGACCGCGUUGAAAGCAGAGUCCCGGGAGCCUGCGGGGUCAGCGACUGGCCAAAGUUGGACUAUGUCUGGACUGCAAGCCGGCAGAGUUGUGACGGGGGAAUGACUUGAGGGGCCAGCUUCUGUCUCCACAACGAUGUCCAUGAACAGUUCCAAACAGCCAAUGACUCCUACGGCUGCGCUCCUUGCUAACACGACCUGCCAGACAGAAAACCGGCUCUCGGUGUUUUUUUCCAUCAUCUUCAUGACAGUGGGAAUCUUAUCCAACAGCCUGGCCAUCGCCAUUCUCGUGAAGGCUUACCAGAGAUUUAGACAGAAGUCUAAGGCAUCGUUUCUGCUUUUGGCCAGUGGCCUGGUCAUUACUGACUUUUUUGGGCAUCUCAUCAACGGAGCUAUUGCAGUCUUUGUGUAUGCGUCCAAUAAAGACUGGAUCCGCUUUGAUCAGUCAAAUAUCCUCUGCAGUAUUUUUGGUAUCUCCAUGGUGUUUUCGGGUUUAUGCCCACUUUUCCUAGGCAGCGUGAUGGCCAUUGAGCGGUGUAUCGGAGUCACCAAGCCCAUAUUUCAUUCUACAAAAAUUACAUCCAAACACGUGAAAAUGAUCUUGAGUGGCGUGUGCGUGUUUGCAGUUUUUGUAGCUCUGCUGCCCAUCCUCGGGCAUCGGGACUAUCAGAUUCAGGCAUCAAGGACCUGGUGUUUCUACAACACUGAACACAUUGAGGACUGGGAAGACAGAUUUUAUCUUCUGUGUUUUUCUUGCCUGGGACUCUUAGCUCUUGGUGUUUCAUUCCUGUGCAAUGCCGUGACAGGAGUCACACUUUUGAGAGUUAAGUUUAAAAGCCAGCAGCAUAGACAGGGCAGGUCUCACCAUCUCGAAAUGAUUAUCCAGCUCCUGGCCAUCAUGUGUGUCUCCUGCAUCUGCUGGAGCCCAUUCCUGGUAACGAUGGCCAACAUCGGGAUCAACGGGAACCAUUCCCUAGAGACCUGCGAGACAACACUUUUUGCCCUGCGAAUGGCAACGUGGAAUCAAAUCUUAGAUCCUUGGGUCUACAUCCUUCUCCGGAAGGCUGUGCUCAGGAACCUGUACAAGCUUGCGAGCCGCUGCUGCGGAGUGCGUGUCAUCGGCUUGCACAUCUGGGAGCUCAGCUCCAUUAAGAGUUCCUUAAAGGUGGCGGCCAUUUCUGAGUCGCCAGUUGCACAGAAAGCAGGUUAGCAGUCACCCGGUGUAGCAGGGCAGCGAGCCAGCGCAGGGACAGCAUGAUGUUCGGGCAGCCAUCUCAGCUACUUAGGUAAAUGUAUAUGGGCUAACUGGAAAAUUCAACCUCAACAUAUCGUUGGGGUUACUGUGGACAGAUCCAGCUUGUGGAAUUUGUUAAGUUGACUGCACAAUUGUCCUUUUUUUAAAAAAACUUGUUUUUGACAACAGGAAGUGGAUUGAUGGAUAUAAAGCUAUGCGAGUCAAGCAGGAGAUGAUUUUGACAUAUGCUUUUGUAAUCAAUGAAUCUGUUGAGGCCCAGUGCAUUUACUUGACCUACUUGUCUAAGAACAUUCUGAUGUCAUGUGUACAGUGAGAUGACUCUGUUUGGAUAACUUGACUGUGGCUGUUCCUUAGAGACUAACUCAAUGAGAUACAACAGUCUCCAUGUUGGGAGGUGAGAGGUUAUUCACCUGUCUACUUGUCUAAGAACAUUCUAAUGUCAUGUGUACAGUGGGAUGACUCUGUUUGGAUAACUUGACUGCGGUUGUUCCUUACAGACUAGCUCAAUGAGACACAAUGGUCUCAGUGUUGGGAGGCGAGUGGUUAUGUACCUGCCUACUUGGAGACUCAAUCUGUGCAUAAGCAUUGGCAUCUGAGAUUCACUGCGGCUUGCAGUGGCCACUGUACACUCCACGUCAGCCUCAUGCAUGGUCUGAUCUUACAAGGCUGCUUAGAAUGGACUCAUUCUUGCCGUAUCUGGUGAAGAAGACCACUUACAUUUAUUGUUAUAAAGGUCAAUGAUUGUUUGAAGGUUUUUUUUGGGGGGGGGGCAGGUUAUAGACUUGUACUUUUUCAAAUGAUCUCCUUUCUCCUGUGAAAAUUUUAGAUAAAAAAUGCUGUAUCUUAGCACAGAUAUAGGCAACUUGCAUGACAUCCGCUCCUCCAAUGCUCCACCAUGGACAAUGCAAGCAACCCAGCCCCCAGUGACAUGUACCAAGAUCAUGGGCAAAACAUGCAUCACUGACAGCUGUCAUUUCUCUGUCAGAGAAGAAAAGAAAAACCAUCAAAAUAUAUUCAAUGACUGUCUUCAACUAGUGUGAUUUUGAUUUAUACACACAAACUUACAUUUACACAGAUAUCAGAAAAUUCUGGAAGGUUCACUAAAUCUGUAUGACUGAAUCUUAGAAAACCAGACUUACCAGUGUUGACAGGGAAGACUUAGAAUUAGUCAGACACUGGGGAUUCAUCUUCAUAGUUAAAUAGCAAUAAUAUGUCCCAAAUUUCCAAUCAUAAUUAAGACUAUAUUUAUAUAAUUUAACCAAAAUGAUAUUAGAUUUCAGUACUCAUUCAAAAUAUUGUAAGUCCAUCAGAGACUAAGGUAUUAUUUGUUUUAUGAUAAGGAAAUGCAUUUCUAUUUUUAAAAAAAUCAUUGCUGGGCUGGAGAGAUGGCUUAGUGGUUAAGGUGCUUGCCUGCAAAGCCAAAGGACCAAAGUUUGACCCUCCA